UUUUGACAUUUCGUUUUCCAGUGGAUUAUUUUCAGUGUUUAGUUCAACAAAAUGAUGCAGGAAUAUGACGAUGAUUUCUUUUUUGAAGAGGACAAAUUCAAAUCCAACGGGGAAAAACGUUCGAAAUCAAUCAUUUGUGUUCAGAUUGAAGAAACUCCGUCUAGAAACGCAGUACUAAUAGGAAGUGUCGAUACGAACGAAGAAAAGCCAAAAACUGAUUUAGAAGAUGGACAGUCGGGGGACCUGCAAGAGGCAGACUUUGACUCUGAAUGUAUUUACAAUGAUUUGAGAAGAGAGAGGUACAUGGUGCGGGCACAAGACCUGUUGGGUAUGACGGUGACGUCAGGCAGCGUCGUGCUCAGCAAGGAUGAGAAGAACCUUAUAGGGAUCAGCAUCGGAGGAGGGGCACCGCUGUGUCCGUGCCUUUAUAUUGUACAGAUCUUCGACAACACGCCGGCGUCGCGCGAGGGCACGCUUCAGAGCGGAGACGAGCUGGUCGGAGUCAACGGACAGAGCGUGAAGGGCAAGACCAAGGUGGAAGUGGCCAAGAUGAUACAGGCUGCUAAGGAAACAGUGACAAUAAACUACAACAAACUGCACGCCGACCCCAAACAGGGGAAGACCCUGGACAUUAUCAUGAAGAAGAUGAAGCAUCGCCUAGUGGAGAACAUGUCUAGUGGGGCGGCUGAUGCCCUCGGCCUUUCCAGAGCUAUUCUGUGUAACGACACUCUUGUCGCUAAGCUAAAGGAGUUGAGAGAUACGGAAACUAUGUAUAAGAGGCUGGUUGAACAUGCUAAGAGAAUGCUAAAAGCGCACUUCGACCUCUCCCAGUCCUACACGUGUGUGGGCGACAUGUUCUCUUGCGUGGGCGUGAGGGAGCCGCAGCCGCGCGCCUCCGAGGCCUUCACCAAGCUGGGGCAGGCGCACCGAGCGCUGGCCGCCGACACUGUCGCCAUGCUCAAGGCACUUAAACCCAUCUUAGCAGACAUGGGCACCUACCUAAACAAAGCCAUACCGGACACCAAACUGACCAUACGCAAGUAUGCAGACACCAAGUUCGAAUACCUCUCCUACUGUUUGAAGGUGAAGGAGAUGGAUGAUGAGGAGUACGGCUACAACGCACUGCAGGAGCCGUUGUACCGGGUCGAGACUGGGAAUUAUGAAUAUAGACUGAUACUUAGAUGUCGUCAAGACGCGAGAGCUAGGUUUGCUCGCCUACGAUCUGAUGUUUUAGUCAAAAUGGAGCUUUUAGACAAUAAGAAAACUCAAGACGUAGCCUUCCAACUGAAGAGGUUUAUAGAGGGGUUGGCUGUUUAUAAUAAACAAGCGGUAGAACAUUUAACAGAAAACGCGACGCUCUUCCCAGUAGAAGUAGACCUGUCACAGAAUGCGUUUCAGUACAAAUCUACAACACCGUUUAUCCAGGAUAGUCAAGAAGAAGACGAAGAAGUAGAAUACGGAAAAGAAAUCCAAGAAAACUAUGACGUGAAUGAGAACGAAAACCGAGAACCGAAACUAGCAAACCGAAUGCAAAACAAGGACAAGAACAAAUCUGACGACGCUUCGGAACAACUAUUGCCCGGCCUUAGUGACGCAUUUGGUAACAAUGACACAUUCGGUAACUCUGACGCUUUUGGUAAUUCCGAUGGGGCGAAACCAGAUGUGGAUAAUUUGACACUUUUGACGGAAUUAGGUUUAGCCGAUACAAAUGUUGCUGAAGAUUUCGGAGAUUUUCAAAAUGGCCUCAUGGACGAGUUUAUGCCUAAAAGUAAUGUUGCCGAUACUGAUGAUGUUUUUGAUAAGCUUUUAAGCGAACUGAGCGGUGGUAAUUAAUUUUAUGUGUUUGUUGUUUGUUUAUACUAGUUAAAAUAUUAUAAUCGUUAGAUAAUCUUGUAUUUUUAUGACAUACUUAUUAAAUAUUUAUCAAGAA